UUAGGGUGUAGGAACGAAGCGCACGCAGACGCUGUUCGCAACUUGGACCUGCGAACUCAUUCGAACGCCCGCUUCGGAUAAUAUAUAUAUAUAUUAUAAGAUGUCUUUCUUAUUUUUAAGUCUAUCCGUCUUAUCGCUCUGUCUAAGUUGUUUCAUUGAGGCGAACCUAUCGAACGUAGCGAGGAGGACAUUCACGGAAAAAGAUGCGGAGGUCAAAAGGAUGCCUUUACCCAAAGAUGGAGCACCUGUACGGAUCCUCCUGGGGGACCGGCCGGACACCGUCACUGUUGUGGGACCAUCACACGUGACGCAAUUCGACUUUCAAAACCAUAAGAAUGAAGGGAACGCGGUGGUGCUGAGUAAAUGCAAGGAAAAGGAUUGCGACUACCACAUCGCGGUGGUCCAAAGGACCACGAAGGCCGAGGAGGUGUUCCUGUGUGGAGCCGCUGGUCAGGACAUGUUCGCCUGCUGCAUGAAUUUAACAGACGAGAGGCCAACAUGCACGUCCUCUAAACAAACACAGCCCAUAGAUUCAACCAAAGGUGGGAUUAACAUAAAGGAGGGGGAACCGUCGGUUCUAGUGGAAUCUGGAGAAAAGGUGGACCUCUAUGUCACGUACUCUGGAUCUGAGGAGCAGGUUGGCAUCCACAGGUUUGGGGAACACAGAGUUGGACCAGCAAACACCAAUAAAGCUCUAGAGCGGCACUAUGUGGGUCUGCUGCCCAUCAAGGAGGGAGGCGAUCCCACGCAGGACAAGGUCUACGCCUUCUACAGGGAGAGAAACAGCGACUCGGAGCUGGACAGCGACACGUGGCUGCCGUUCGUGUCUCGCGUUUGCACGGCCGACGUCGGCGGCCCCAAGAACAACCUGCAGUUCUGCUGGACGUCCCAGAUGAACGCCCGGCUGUUCUGCGGCGACCCGGACAGGAAGCAGCAUUUCUCUGAGCUGGUCGACGUGGCCACUGUGGAGGCGAAAUGGUGGCCGGACACCAGGGUUUACGGACUCUUCAGGAACGAGUGGGGCAUGAGUGCAGUGUGUGUCUACACAAUGCGUGAUAUCAACAACACUUUUGCGACUUCUCCAUUUAAAGACAAUAAAGAAAGCAAAAAGAGGCCCAGAGAGUGUGUUAAAGACAGCAAAGCCAUUUCUUCCGACAUGCUGGGAAUAAUCAAACUGACCUCCGAGGUGAAGGACUGGGUCCGACCUGAGAACAACACUGCCCCACUUCUCUCAAAUCACCACAACUACACGCACAUCUACGUGGACAGUUCCCAUCAACAAAGGAACGAUGAACACACAGUUCUGUUUCUGACUGAGCAGAAAGGAGGGAUUCAUAAGGUGCUGCAUGUAAAAACUCAAACCUUUGUCAUCGCUGAAUACCGUCCUUUCAACCACUCAGCCCACAUCCUUAGCAUCACCCUCGACCCCUUUUCUAGGAAGCUGUAUGUGACUACAAAACAUGAACUGGUCCAGAUGGAUGUGGGGAACUGUGGCAGCUACACAGACGGAUGUGAGGACUGCAUCCUUGCCAGGGAUCCUUACUGUGGCUGGAACGGCACCCAGUGCAUCCAUAAGACCCAUGAUUCACUGCAGGAUGUGACUGGAGGGGACUGCACCAUCUGCGAGAAACCUGAAAAAGCACAACGUCAUUCCAGGUUGACACAAGCAGACACAAGCAAAGGUGGGCACAGCGUCCUCCUUCCCGCUGAGUCCAGGUAUUUCCUCAGCUGCCCAGUGUCCUCCCACCACGCCCAGUACAGCUGGCAUCACGGCCAGAAGUCCACAUCCUGCACAUCGAAUGAGGAUCAGUGCAUAUUCCUGAUUGACAGCAUGAAUCACGAGCAGGAGGGCACUUACAAAUGUAUGUCUGAGGAGAGAGGCUUUACAAAAGUCCUGUCAGAGGUCAGGCUGCAAAUGGGUAACAGGGCUGUGGGCCUGUUAUCAGGCCCGCUGGUCUGGGUCUGUCUGCUGCCUUUUCUGGUUGGGAGCUUGUAAACCCAUACAAUCUGUAAUCCAUCCAUCCAUCUUCUGUGCCGCUUAAUCCUGUACGUGGGGUCCAGGGGGGGGGUUGGCUGGAGCCUAACCCAGCUGGCUCUGGGCGAGAGGCGUGGGUCCACCCUAGACAGGUCACCAGCCCCUCGCAGGGCUGAUCUGUGAUCUAAUUUAAAAUUAUUUCACAGCAGAUGAAUUUAAAAUUACACCUUUCAGAUGUUUAUAUGUAAAAUAAAACCAAAAGUAAUAUAUAGCAUGUAUAUAUAUAUAUA